AUGCCUCCGCCGCCGCCGGGAGCCCGGGACCGAGCCCGGGACCGAGCCCGGGACCGAGCCCGGGACCGAGCCCGGGAGCGAUCCUGGGACCGAUCCGGAUCCCUGACUGGAUCCCGGGACGGAUCCCGGGGUGAUUCCCGGGACGGAUCCCGCGCUGAUCCCCGGAGCGAACCCCGGUGCGGAUCCCGGGACGGGUCCCGAUCCCCGGACGCGUCCCCGGCCGGAUCCCGGUGCGGAUCCCGCUCGGAUCCCCGGUGCGGAUCCCGGUGCGGAUCCCGGAGCUCCCCGGGCCGCCCCCAGCGCUACCGGCGCCACCCCAAACCCCCGUACUCGUACCUGGCGCUGAUCGCGCUCGUCAUCCGCGCCGCCCCCGGCCGCCGCCUCAAGCUCGCACAGAUUAUCCAGCAGCUCCGGAGCCUGUUCCCGUUUUUUGGGGGAGGAUAUCAGGGCUGGAAAGAUUCCGUGCGCCACAACCUCUCCUCCAACCCCUGCUUCGCCAAGGUGCUGAAGGACCCCUCCAAGCCCCAGUCCAAGGGGAAUUUCUGGACCGUGGACGUGUCUCGGAUCCCCCCGGCCGCUCUCAAGCUGCAGAACACGGCGGUGGCUCGCGGCAGCGCCGGCGUCACCCCCUUCGUCCCCGACCUGUCCCCCUUCAUCAUCUCGGGGUGCCCCUACCCCCCUUCCCCUCCCCCUCUUCCCCCCCCCCAAAAUUUGGGGGAGCCGCGGGUGGGGUCGGAUUUUGGGGGGGUGGGGGCGGCGCCCCCCAAUAAAAGCGUCUUUGACGUCUGGCUCAGCCACCCCGGGGACAUCGCCAUCAGGGGGUGA